CCGAUUGUGUCAACAUGUGUGUCAACACUUUCUGAAGAAUUUUCAGCAUAGUCUCUCUUCCUCUCGCUUUGGCUUCAUCUGUCUUUCCUAGAUGAAUCUGGUGUUGUGUGAAUUUGUGCACCACUGCAACAUAUCUAUCCAUAAUUUGCACCAAAAGUUUGUAUUGUUUUGUUUUCUAGACUAGAGCUGGACAGAUUGCUGCUCACUGCUGUGAGUGUGCAGUGUUUGGGGUUUGUACGUGAGGAAGCAGUGUGGUUGUCAGACACCUCUGAGCUGAGACACUUCCUCGUCAGUUUCUACUGUCAUCUCACGACCUGCAGAGAACAUCAACGGCUCACAAUCCAUGCUGACCUCACAUGUGACACUGACUCCACAUUGUCUCAUAAGAAGACUUUUUUCCCAGUUAAAUCAUUAGUGUGAAGUUUGUGUGGGACGUUAAGAAGAACUGGUGGGAUGUAAAAAUCUGAUAACUUUGAUUUUGGGUGUAGAGCAGAUCUUCCUCCCUUUUGAGUGAUGCCUCGUUCUUUCUUGGUGAAGCGAGGAGGGCUGCACCACCUAGGAAAGAAGACGGGGUCCUGGGAUACAUCCAUGGUGUACUCCACAUCAAAAACACCAGAAAAUGAUGCAGUACCCACCGCAUUCCUGCAGCAGGACCUUCCUGAUGACUGCCACUCUAAUGGAAGUGAUCACCUUCAGCCAUUAAGUCCCAAAUCUUAUGACUGUAGAUCUGCUGGGCCCUGCAGUCCUGUCAACUCAAACACUUUAAGCCCUGUGGAGAAAGACGAGUCUCGGCCUCCCACACCAGCUUUAUGGUCCAGACCUCAUGUGAGCUCAGAAUAUCUAGACAAACUGUCUGUGGGACUGGAAGAUUUUACUCAGCACCCUCACAUCCUGAGGGAGACCAGGAGCAGUGGCUGCUUGAAGAUCAGUGCUCCGAGGCAAGAGUGUCCACUCUGCAGCAAAGUAUUUUCAUAUUUGUCAAGUUUGAAGACUCACAUAUGCAAGAGUCACGGAAGCAGAGCACCAGCACAUGUCAAGUCCAGCAGGGCCGAUGCUGAGCGGUCAUCGUGCAAGGGCAAGGAGAGGACGUUUGGCUGUACAGUGUGUGGAAAAGUGUUCAAGCGCUCCUCCACCCUCACUACUCAUCUGCUCAUACAUUCAGACACCCGGCCCUACCCCUGCCAGUACUGUGGCAAACGGUUCCACCAGAAGUCUGACAUGAAAAAACACACCUUCAUACACACCGGCGAGAAGCCCCAUGUGUGUCAGAUAUGUGGGAAGGCAUUCAGCCAGAGCUCCAACCUCAUCACCCACAGCCGUAAACACAGGGACGACCGGCCCUACCGCUGUCCUCGCUGCCGCUACGGCUUCCAGCACAAAGUGGACCUUAGGCAGCACCAGGACCACCACUGCACCUACCGUUGACUCUGACGCUGCCAAGUCAACAUCGUAGCCUUUUUUCUUUCUUUUUUAUAACCAGCGGAAAUGUAUUCCGGACAGAAAGCUACUGAGUGUGUUGACUACUUUUUCCCAGUAUUCUAAAAUGCAGUUUUUUUUUAUAUUUAUAUACAAGAAGUCCACUAUUAUUUGUUAACAUCAUGUUUACAGGAAGAACACUUAAUUCCCCCUUGUGGGAUUAAUAAAGUUGUUGAAUUGAAGUGA